AUGAGUGAGAACAGUCCAUCUGUGACUAUGACCCCCUCAUGUGAUGACAUCACCAGCCACCAACAAAUUCAACACCAUCUCUGUAGCUGUCACCACCACGACGAGUGCUGCUCCCAUCACCACCACGACGAGUGCUGCCCCCGUCACCACCAUGACGAGUGCUGCCCCCAUCACCACCACGACGAGUGCUGCCCCAUCACCACCGACGACCACCACGAGUGCUGCCCCCAUCACCACCACGACGAGUGCCCCCGUCACCACCAUGACGAGUGCUGCCCCAUCACCACCACGACGAGUGCUGCCCAUCACCACCACGACGAGGGCUGCCCCCAUCACCACCACGACGAGUGCUGCCCCCAUCACCGCCCUGACUCCACAAGCUCCAGGGUUUACACCCAAUACAUUUACAAACAAUCACUGCCCUCCCAUCAACACCAUUCAUGCGCCUCAUUAUAUCGAGGCACCUGUCCAUAUUUUCAUCAUCAACAUGGCCUUCUACCUCAACACCAUACUGAUGACCAAAGUGUAGAUCUGCAUCUACCAAAUCAGCUAUCUCAUCACCGCCCGCUCCUUCUUACCACACUACUGGUAACUUUAUUCUUCAACCAACUCACACUGUGCUGGCCACUUGCUGAAGGUAGUCCAGUGGAGGACGUCUACCAACACUGGCUAAAGAAAGGUGACAAGUCACUGAGGGCAGUGAGCAGUGACCUCAUCCUCCGGCAACAAGAAAUAGCCUCCAGUACCAUCAGUGUUGAGGUCAUGGUCGACACCCUUACUAUCCAGGUCAUCAUUAAUGGCAAACAGGUGUUACGGCAACACAACAAAACGACACGCACGUCCCCCACUCGGUACGCGACUGCACACAGGGGAGUGCACGUGAUAGCAGUACACCCACACCGAGGUACACCCACCCUCACCACCUACUACCGUACCUGGCAGCCGAGGGCCACCAAGGGCCUUGUUCAGACCCUCACCAGCCUCCAACCUGGUACCCUCCUUGUCCUCGCUGCUCCUGGAGACUGGCGAUAUUUUUUCGACAAUGAGACCAAUGACUUUUUGGAGGAGUUCCUGGGAGGGUGGUGGGUGGGCAAUAUGUGCCAUGGAGAGAUGUGGGUGGGGGUGGCCACUGUGAGUGGCCCACUGUGGGGUGAGGCAGCCACCACCCACAGGAACUACACAUCUGGCCCAUCGACACCCCUCUGGCUUGAGGUUGAGGUGCCCAGAACUCCGCCAGUACGGGCAUGUGCAUGGUACGGCCAGCCAGAGCUGCAGGAGCGAGCUGCCUUCUGUGAGAAGUACGAGGGAUAUGGGGACUGGUGCAGUUGCCACCACCCUACUACUAUUUCUCCUGCCCAUGCAUCCCCGGCCCCACUGGUCAUGAAGGAAACUAUCCCCAUCGUCAUCGUCACCUCUAGACAUCAGUUCAAGGUUCUCCGGCAGUUGCAGCAGCUGUGGAAUCAAGCUGGGGGAGGUAGCACACCCAUCUUGCUGGCCGUGGACGGCUAUCAGCAGGAGGCACAGGAUUUUGCCAAGAUUGUGGGACUGCCGGCGCUGUACCACCUCAACCCUGCUACACCGGGAGAAAAAGUUCGCAUCAAUGAGCACAUCAAAUUUGCAAUCUUCCAGACAUUCAGCUAUUACCCAUCUGUGGACAAAAUUAUUAUACUGGAAGACGACUUGAUCCUGGCACCAGACUUCAUCAGUUACUUCCAUCAGACAGCACCACUUCUUGAUGCAGAUGACACAAUUUUUUGUGUAAAUGCCUACAACUACAACAGCUUUAAGCCGACGGCCAUAGAUGCAUCUCGCCUCUAUCGUGAAGAUGUCUUCCCUGCCUAUGGCUGGAUGGUUACACGCCGAUGGGCACACCAGGUCCUACCACAGUGGCCCAAGAGGAGUCAUGAAGUGGAUUGGGACUGGUACUUACGCGGGGUUGUGCAAAGCGGACGUGAUGUGGUGACACCAGAGGUACCCAGGACCAUGCAUGACGGUAGUGGUGGCGUCCACGUCACUGGCUGGGAGCAAGCAGGUUUCUUUGACCGCCGUGCAUUUAACUCUGAUCCCCAGGCAGUCCUCAAUAUUUCUUACUUGACCCAUGAUGCAUAUGAGUCAUUCCUCGAGAGAGAACUGCAGACUGCCACAUUACUGAAGAUUCAGGAACAUCCUUGUAUCAAGGAGUACAUCCCCAAAACUAAGGUUGGAAGCUUCCUGGUGUACUACUAUGGGGAGACGGAGAAGGACGAUCACCUCAGUUACUUCACCCUUGUUGCGUGUUUUGGUGGUUAUGAAAAAGGACGUUUUGAGCAUCAUCACUUAAUGCAUACUUUAGGUUAUUAUGGUAAUGCUGUCUACAUUGUUGCCUGUCCUGGAUCACCUUACUGCAAAGUGAAGAGAGAAGACUAUAAGAACCUUGUUUACCAGGCAAGUGAUAAUGACACACGUAUAUCAAUGCUGCACAUGGACAAGGUCUUACUGCCACAAAUGACCCCAGUCGUGCACAUCAGAUACACCCCAGAGUAUCUAGACGAAGAGUUUCUUUUGGAUAAUUAUUAUAUAAUAAAUCAACCACCGAGUUUCAGAGAGAUACACUGAGAAGAAAUCUUGGUUACUGUUGAAUGUAUCAUAAUAUCAUUCAGUCAUCUGCUGUAUAUAUUUUAAGAUAAUUUGUUCUGUUGUGUGUGUUAGGCACACCUCUUCCAUUGCUGUGGGCACUUUCCUGGUAUACUAUAAAGAACAGCUCUUUAAGAGGCCAGUACAUUAUAACAUGGUCCCAAUAGAGAUGCAGUCAUGACAUCACUGUUUCUUACCUAUCAGUAAUAUAUUAGGACUUAAUUGAGCAUCAGAAAUAACAUUACGUAUACACAUGGUAAAUGUAUUAGAAUAUUUUAAAAAUAAAUAGAAUAAUUUUUCAUACACAGUGCAAUAAUUUACUGUAUACUGUACUCACUACUGCCUCAGUCUGAGUCAUGACUUCUCACACAUCAUAACAGUGCACUGCACCUCACUACCUACUACACUCAUUUACGUGAAUUUUUUAUGGAGCGUAUGUAUUGUUUUUACAGGAAUACUUGAAGGUUUAAGCAGCAAGUAAAAUUAUGUAGAGUACUGUAUGUAUUUUAAGAAAUACGUAUAAUGAAAAAAAUUCCCAUGAAAAGAACUACACUUGUUCAUUGAAUACUGUACAGUGGUUUAACCAGAGAUGCUGUAGGCCUAACGAGAGGUUACUAAGUAGGUUAGGUACUAAUUAAGUUGUUCAAAAACUUGGUGAGUUUCCUUACAACAAAAGGAUAUGAUGUUUUUGGUCAGACUCUUAAGUGUAGUCACUGAGGGAGUACUUUGGUAAACAGAUCAUUUAACUUUUCCAUUCAGCUAUAAAAUGUUAUUUCAUAUUUAAAUUCUUUUAUAUAUUGUACUAUUUACUUCCAUGUAGUAGUUAAUAAUUCAGUAUUGUUUUUCCUUGUACAUGAUUUUGUGCCAAAGUUUUGUUUAUGAAUGUUAAACAACUUAAAGUAUUACAUGUCCUUAUAUUUAUUUUCACAGGUACAAGUAUGUUCUCUAUUACAAUAAGAUACAAAUUCCACUAAAUUAUAAAAUCUGAAUAAAAUUCGGUUAAGUUGA